AUGGCUGAAAUUCAGGAUUAUACCAAGGCUCUGGAGAUUCUCAAGGAAUAUCCCUCAGGAGAUGGCCUCCACGUUGAUGACCUUCUUGACUCGGACAAGCAUGGAGCAUUGACUUACAAUGACUUCCUUAUUUUGCCCGGCUCUAUCACUUUUACAGCAUCGGAAGUUACAUUGGAAUCAAAGGUAUCCAGACGCUUCAGCCUCAAAGCCCCUCUCCUGUCUUCCCCUAUGGACACCGUGACCGGUCACAACAUGGCUAUUCAUAUGGCUCUCUUAGGAGGCCUGGGUGUUAUCCAUAACAACUGCCCUCCUGAUGAGCAGGCUGAGAUGGUGAGGAAGGUAAAGCGGUACGAAAAUGGCUUUAUCCUCGACCCCGUUGUUCUUUCCCCGAAGGCAACCGUCGGAGAUGCAAAGCAGCUGAAGGCCAAAUGGGGCUUCGGUGGCUUUCCCGUAACUGAAACUGGAACCUUGCAUUCGAAGCUUCUUGGCAUCGUUUCUAGCCGUGAUAUCCAGUUCCACAACCAGUCUGAUGAUCCUGUCACGACUGUAAUGUCGACGAAACUUGUUACUGCUCCCGCAGGAACUACCCUCACCGAGGCCAACGAAGUUCUCCGGAAUUCGAAGAAAGGAAAGUUACCGAUAGUGGAUAAGCACGGGUCUUUAAUAUCAUUGCUAUCUCGGAGUGAUUUGAUGAAGAACAUUCACUAUCCUCUGGCAUCAAAGGUUCAGUCAAAGCAGCUUCUCUGUGCCGCAGCCGUGAGCACUCAUGAUGCGGACAAGGUCCGACUCCAGAAGCUAGUUGACGCAGGGCUGGAUAUUGUCGUUGUCGACAGUAGCCAGGGACACAGCACAUACCAGAUUUCAAUGAUCAAAUACAUCAAGCAAAACUUUCCACAGCUUGAUGUCAUCGCAGGCAACAUCGUCACCCGGGAACAAGCCGCAGCAUUGAUUGCUGCUGGUGCGGACGGACUGAGAAUCGGCAUGGGCAGUGGAAGUGCUUGUAUUACUCAGGAAAUCAUGGCCGUUGGCCGUCCUCAGGCUACGGCUGUGCGCAGUGUCUCUUCCUUUGCCGCCCGCUUUGGUGUCCCCUGCAUUGCGGACGGUGGAGUCUCGAACCUGGGCCACAUUGUCAAGGGACUUGCGUUGGGCGCCUCGGCGGUGAUGAUGGGGGGUCUGCUUGCUGGUACCAAGGAGUCUCCUGGAGAAUACUUUGUUAGCAACGAAGGGCAGCUGGUUAAGGCUUACCGUGGUAUGGGAAGCAUUGCGGUCAUGGAGAGCAAAGGUCAAGCUGGUGAUAAUGCCGGCACCGCGCGUUAUUUCUCAGAGAAUGAUAAGGUUAAGGUUGCGCAGGGUGUCGCGGGAUCAGUCAUUGAUCGUGGCUCCAUCAACCAGUUUUUGCCUUAUCUUGUGGCUGGUGUGCAGCAUUCGCUUCAGGAUAUUGGUGUGAAGAGCCUUGAUGCCCUACACGAUGGUGUUAACCAAGGCCAAGUUCGAUUUGAUAUGAGGAGCGCCAGUGCCAUGGCUGAGGGAAACGUCCAUGGCUUACACAGCUAUGAGAAGAAGCUAUACUCUUCCUGA